AUGUGGAUUUCUUUUAUUUUCACUUUUGUUAAUUUUAAUUGCCACUCACUUCAGAGCCCUAUAUUCAGGUCUUCAGCAAUGCAUAUCCCAUCGUCUUUGUCUACCUCAGUCCUUGGGUGGGCUUCCAUGUUUUCACAGUCUGCUGUAAUCGAAGAAUCAGAUGUACAGGUUACUCUAAAUCCCUUUUACCCCAGCUUCCCCUUGAAAUUUAGGCCAGUAGUUAUUUGGCACGGACUUGGGGAUAACUACAAUUCUUCUUCCAUUAAUAGAACUAUAUCGGUGAUAAAGGAAAGUCAUCCAGACAUCUUUGCACACCCCAUAUAUGUUGAUGUGGACCCCGAUGAAGACGAAAAGAGAACCCUCUUUGGUGACGCCAAUAAGCAAAUCGAAUUGGUGUGUGAGCAAUUACAAGAGAUCCCUGAACUCGCCCGCGGAUUCGAUGCAAUUGGCUUUUCACAGGGUGGGUUAUUAUUAAGGGGAUUGGUGGAACGUUGUCCAGAAAUCUCUAUCAAUAACUUGAUUACCUUUGGAUCGCCUCACAUGGGUAUAAGCGAUAUACUGUUGUGUGAUGACACCAAAGAUUGGAUAUGUAAACGAAGAAAUGCACUUUUGAAGAGCCAAAUAUGGCUAGAUAGCAUCCAGCAGACCUUUUUGCCUGCUCUGUACUUUCGGGAUCUUGCACAAUAUGAUAAGUAUGUGUUCCAUUCUCACUUCUUGGCGGAUGUGAAUAACGAAUUGGUGGAUCACUUCAACCUGACUUACCGUAAGAACUUGAACUCUCUCAACAAGUUGGUUAUGAUAAAAUUCAAUAAAGAUUCUACUCUUGUGCCCAAGGAAAGUGCAUGGUUCGGUGAAUUGGACCCGGAAACUGGUGAUGUAGUAGAUUUUGACAAGACGACAUUAUACUUGGAGGAUCUAAUUGGUCUUAGAGAGUUGCACUUCUCUGGAAAGUUGGAGUUCCUUGAUGUUGAUGAGGACCACAUGAAAAUUCCACAGGAGCUCUUGGUCAUGAUAGUUCAGAGGUAUAUUGGGGGCAUUGUAUUUUAA